CGAAGAGGCGCCGGGCGAGGGCCGCGCCGGAGGCCGCCCGCGGGUGGGAGCAGCGCCUGGCGAGGCCGAAGAGGAAGGAGGAGGCCCCGCCGGCCCGCUUUUCUCCCUCGUCCCCGCGCCUUGCUCGAAUUUCGACCCCCCACCACCACCAUAAGACUUUAACGCCCCCCCCUUUUUUGCUUGUCCCACUCAGUCUCCCCCCCAUCUUCUCUUCCAGCUGAGCCUCUUGAGCCAGAAGUAAAUUGCCAUUAAGCCCUCUCCCCACCCUCUUCAAGCCCUGACUCUGACAAAAAAAAUAUCUUAUUUUUUUCUCCUUUCCUCAUAGAUCAUCUAACCCCCCGUUCCAAAUUAUUUAAUUUCCCCCCACCAGCCCCUUCUCUUCCCCUUGUUAAAUCCCCUUUUCAAAUAAAGGUCCCCCACCACCAGCUUUUCCUCAUGUCCCCCCCCUUUUUUAAAAAAUUCUUUUUCAAAUAAAAGUUUCCCCACCAGCUCCUUCUCUUCCCCUUCCCAACCCCCCCUUUUUAAAUCCCCCCCUUUCAGAUUAAAGUCCUCCGCCAGCCCCUUCUCUUUUCCUUCUCAGGUCCCCCCCUUUUUAAAAUCUCCCUUUUCAAAUUAAGGUCCCCCCUUUUAAAAAAAUCUCCCUUUUCAAAUAAAGCCCCCCAUCAGCCCCUUUUUAGAUUGCUCCUUUAAAAAAAAAACCCAUUUCAAAUAAAGGUCCACCUUCAGCCCCUUCUUAGGUUCCUUCUUUUUAAAAAUCCCCCUUUUCAAAUUAAGGUCCCCCCUAUCAGCCCCUUCUUAGGUUGCCCUUUUUAAAAAGACCCCCUUUUCAAUUUAAGGCCCCCCAUCAGCUCCUUCUUAGGUCCCCCUUUUUAAAAAUCCCCCUUUUCAAAUAAAGGUCCCCCCUUUUUAAAAAUUGCCCUUUUCAAAUAAAGGUCCCCCCUUUUAAAAAAUUGCCCUUUUCAAAUAAAAGUCCCCCCAUCAGCCCCUUUUCAAGUCCCCCCCUUUUUUAAAUCCCCCUUUUAAAAUAGCAGUUCCCCACCAGCCCCUUCUCUUCCCCCUUCUCAGCCCCCCUUUUAAAUUCCCUUCCUUCCCUAUUAUGACAUCUUCCUUUCUCAGCUUCCUUUUCUCCCCCCCCCCCAAUCUCUGGCUUCCUCCACCCAGCCCGCUGCUGCCCAUCUCCUUCCUCCUCCAGCUGUGCAAUGCAUCCAGUCUGCCUUUGUGUCUGAUGGGGAGCGUGCCGCUCUCUGCUCCGGCUGCAUGAGAUGAAGCCCCUUCGGGGUACCCUGUUUUGGGAAGGGGAUGUCCACCAAAUGUCUGUUCUGGUAAGCAGCAGAUACAUCCCAAAAGUGCCUAACAGAAGCCUUCGUUGGUAAGAACCAAGGCGGCAACCCUUGCCGUCAAUAGUCCUUGGACUCUUGCGAAGCCAACCGCAUCAAAAAUGGCAGAAAAUAAAGAAAGGGAUAAUAAGAAUACAGACGUAAGGCCGAAAACCAGCCGGAGCAGAAGCGCAGACAGAAAGGAUGGUUAUGUAUGGAGCAGGAAAAAACUUUCCUGGUCAAAACGGAGUGACAGCAGUUCUGAUGCUGAAACAGCAAGUACUUCAGGGAAAUCCACAUUUGGUUUGAGGAACCAGGAGCGGAAGCACAGCUGUUCCUCGACUGAGCUGGACCUGGAACGAUCAUGUGGCCACAGGUUCCUCGGCCGAUCUCUGAAACAGAAACUGCAAGACGCUGUGGGGCAGUGUUUCCCCAUCAAGAACUGCAGCAGUCGGCAUUCUUCGGCGCUUCCCUCCAAGAGGAAAAUACAUAUCAGCGAGCUGAUGCUGGACACGUGCCCCUUCCCGCCGCGAUCUGAGCUAGCUUUUCGUUGGCACUUAAUCAAACGGCACACUGCCCCCAUUCAGCAGAAAUCGGAAAGCUGGCUCAGUGUGGAGUCUUGCCACAGUGAAGGGAAAGAUGGAGACGUGGAGAGUGCGGAUGGAGGAGGGCCGGUGGUUCUGCAGGCAUGCGAUUUCAGCAGCGGCGCUUCCUGCAGAUGCAGUCCCCGAGACGAGUCUGCUGCGAGUCGGCCGAUGAAGAACAGAGAAGAGAGCGACAUGGACUCUGAUGACGAAGUGGUGACUCUUUGUACCAGCUCCAGAAAGAGAAACAAGCCGCGAUGGGACCCUGACGAUGAGCUGCUGCAACUGGAAUCACCUCCUAAGUACCACACCCAGAUCGACUACGUCCAUUGCCUGGUCCCUGACCUCCUUCAGAUCAAUAAUAACCCAUGCUACUGGGGAGUGAUGGAUAAAUAUGCUGCAGAAGCGCUUCUAGAUGGAAAGCCGGAAGGAACUUUUUUGCUACGAGACUCUGCCCAGGAAGAUUACUUGUUCUCGGUUAGUUUUAGGCGGUACAGUCGCUCCCUGCACGCCAGGAUUGAGCAGUGGAAUCACAACUUCAGCUUCGACGCACACGACCCGUGUGUCUUCCAUUCCCCUGACAUCACGGGGCUCUUAGAACAUUACAAAGAUCCGAGCUCGUGUAUGUUCUUCGAACCGCUGCUUUCGACUCCGUUAAACAGGACUUUCCCCUUUUCUCUUCAACAUAUAUGCAGGACUGUUAUUUGUAACUAUACAACUUACGACGGCAUAGAUGCACUUCCUGUACCUCCAUCUGUGAAGUUGUAUCUGAAGGAAUAUCACUAUAAGUCAAAAGUUAGAGUCCUCAGGAUAGACGCACCAGAGCAACAAACCUAAACAUUAGUUUUAGGGUUUGUUUUGUUUUAAUUAGAGCGUUGGGCAAUUAGACAGUCUGUCUUUCUGUCAUUUUUUUUUCUGAAAAAGUAUUUAUUGUCCAAACAGGUCUCCACCUCAGCCUUAUGAUCAAAAUGGAUUUUUUUUAAUUCCCUUACUCCAACAGGCAGAUUAUUAAUGAAGACACGAAAUCUGUGGGUUUAUUGAUAAUACCCUAUAGGUUUUUUGGGGAACGUCAAGUCGUUUUUUUAACUUUUCACUCGAGGCUAAUCUUUUAGAUUUUAAGCUAAAUCCAAAAUUGAAUUUGUCUUUUAUAUACUGUGAUUUAUAUACGGUACAGGCAUGUUUGAAACACUGUAUGCAAGGGCUCCUCGAGAGUGACCAAUUUGUAUUUUAUACCUUUCUUUGAACAUGAGUACAUUGUCCUCUCUAUAAGAAGUAAAAUUAAUGUCUAUUUA